AUGGCACCGAAAUUACAGGAACCAGCCAAAAGAAACUCAAAAAACAGAACCAAGGGGACUUUGGAAACAAAACCCAUCCAGUCAAUCACUAAAGAGGUGAUUAAGGAGUGCAUAAUAUCACAGGUCAUCCCAUCUAUCAAAGCUAAAUGGUCAAAUACAGAGCCCAAGGACAUUAUUAUACAGCAAGACAAUGCUAGACCACAUAUUCUUCAAAAUGACCAUGAAUUUGCAGCAGCAGCUAACACAGAUGGGUUCAACAUGACACUCAUUUGUCAACCUCCAAACUUUCCUGACACAAAUGUGAAUGACUUAGGCUUUUUCAGAGCUAUUCAUAGCCUACAAGAUGAUAAAACAGCAAAGACAUUGGAUGAACUACUAGCAAAUAAGAUGAGCUCAUUUGAAGAACUGACACCACAAACUCUUAACAAUGUGUUCUUAACUUUUCAAGGUUGUUACUCAGAAAUGCUCAAGGUGAAAAGAGGAAAUGACUACAAGAUACCACAUAUGAACAUGGGCAGACUCCAAAGGAUGGGGGAACUACCAGAGUCCAUUGAAGUGGACCCACAGCUUGUGAGAGACAGUUUGGAGUAUGUAACUAUGGCAGAAAAUGAUGCAGGUUAUGCUAUGAGCCUAUGA